CGUAAACACCCUCGGACCGGCGACAACCUCACUUGGUUGAUCUUGGUGCGGCUUCUUCCCACGAGAGCCUCACGAUCAAUCGCUCAAUUGAACGCUGCCCAACCCGCCCAACAUGUUCGUCGCACGACAGAGGGUAGCCGGCGUGGCUCGCCAGCUGCAAAGGACAGCGCGAACCUACGCCUCCGACGCCCAUGCCCAUCACAAGGCCCCAGAAGUCAACGAGUCGUUCAGCACCGGUUCUCUCCUCGCUGUCGGCGGUUUCUUCGGCUCCGUUCUCGUCUACCAAUUCGUUCCCAAGGAGGGCGAACAGUCUUCAAUUCUCAGCCUCAUCGACAGAUACACCUCCCGCGGAAAGGACUGGGAGGAUAUCAAUGCGCUUCACACAAAGGCCAUGGAGCAGGCUGGCUAUGACCGAAACCUGUUUGAAAACGGCGGUAACAAGCACCGAUUUGUUGAUGUUGCCUACCCCGAGGCCAUGACUUCGUAUGCUCCCCGAAACAAUGUCGCGGGCCACCUGGCCAACAUGGACUACGUUGUUGAGCACUAUCGACAAAAGCACAUUAAGGAGGAGGAGCGGAAAGCGGCCAAGCUGGCCCAGAAGGAGGAAUAGGGUUGUAAACUAGCCACGAAUCGGACCUACCUAUGAAUUCAUUUUUUCCAUUGAGUUAUCAA